AAGGCAAGGUAGCGCUACGAAUCUGUUUCGCAACGCGGUGAAGUUAACCGCGAUAGCGCGGAUACACGUGUCGCGUUUGCGCACGUGGGAUAACAUUACGAUAAGCGGAUACGCUAUUCACGAUCGCGAUGUUUUCAUCGCGCGUGCGAUAUAAUCACGCGAGCGAUACUCGCCGCACGAUUAUCGUUGUCACGAGUGCACAUAAUGCGUUUAAAUCUCAUUCGAAUCAGGAUUCGAGACAUCGACAGCGAGACGCGAGCGCGCAACAACGUGAACGUUGCGGCGGAACGUAUCGAUGAAUUCGAAAGAGGGGUUUGGGGUCUCUAGGAGUUAUCGCAAAGACAAGCCCGAGAGAAAGGUCAUUAUCGACGAUUUCCUCGCAAAUCCAGCAGCGGACGCGUGACGCUACCGUCGCUGGCUUCCGGCGCCGGCGCCAAGUGCAUCCCCCCCCCACACUCCCACCUCCACCACCACCUCCACCUUUCGACCAUGACAUCGACGGUUUCCGGGUGUCGCGUGCUUACCCUGCGUCACGCUCUAAGCUAGCCAACUUCGUGGCGUCAACCGCGUUGCGUUUUUGUGUGUGUGUAUGUGUGCGUGUGCAUACGUGCGUGCGUGCGUGCGUGCGUGCGUGCGUGCAUAUGUACAUAUGUGCGCGUGCGCGCGCGCGCACAAGUAGUACACGUGUACGUUGAACACGCGUCGGUGGGUCUGGCGUUUGCUCUUCCCCCCUCGAAAUUCGCGAUCUGAUGGCAGAAGAAGGUAGACGGGCGAGACGAUCGAACGUGUGUACGAGUGCGCGAGGUGUGUGUACGUCGCCGCGCCACCGUGUGCCUCGUGGUGGUUUCCUUUCGACGAGGACUAUCGAUCGGCCAGUACCACGACGAGGGUGACCAUCGGCCGACUACCGGCCGGCGUAGCGUGUGAUGUCGUGCCGGCUCGCCGGAGCCAGCUAGAGGCCAGCCCACGCGGAGAGCGUGCGAGACGCGACUCCGGCACGGCCGUGAGAUUCGACAGUGGAGAUUCGAAAAUCGACGAGUGGGUCGUCGGCGAGUGGCGCCGACGGACGCCGCGUUGCUUCGCGCAUCACGCGAGCGUCGAACGACCUCUACACCGCCCUCUUCCCGUUCCCUCCCCUAACCCUCCUCGACACUGUCGUUGAAUUAUCGAACGACAAUCCAGCUGACUGGAUCGAGGAACUGUAUCCGAUUGCAGCCGGAUGAUGAUCGAAAGGCCCUGUGCCACCCUCGUCGUUUAGCGGAUUGUCUUAAUUGAGCGAUUAAAUUAUCUGGAAUGAGAGAUUAUACACGCGAUGCUUUUGCCCGGAAGCCCGCCUAUGAGAACGCCUGAUGUGUUCGGAAAUCCAAUAAGCGGUUUUGGCUGUCUCUACCGCUGGAUCAAGCCUUACAGCUAGGAAUAUCUUGAGGAGCGCGUACGAGUGCCCUCGUGAACCGUGCCACACGCGCUUGUUUUCAGAGUAACUUCUGAAUGUCACGACGAAAAAAUUCUCGUAACACGAGAUAACGAUGCCAGAAUUAAUAGAAUAUUAUUAAAACGUCCAUUGCGAUCGAAGCUGUUAUUCGAUUAAAAUCCAAUAUAAGGAUAUUUUUCUUUGAAGCAAGGAUUCUAAUAAAAGUUCUUUUUUUACGCAUUCGAGAAAUAUCGUAAAUAAGGAAACGUAGGAUACCCAGGACGAAAUGGCGUACGACGACGUUAUUCUUCGUAUGGGCGAGUUUGGCCGCUACCAGCGCAGAGUUUAUCUUCUACUCUGUCUUCCAGCAAUCUCGUGCGCCUUUCACAAGCUAGCCGGCGUAUUUCUAGGCGCCAAAAUGGACUCGAGGUGUUUACUUCCAUACGAGCACGCGGAGAACGCCACGUUCCAUCUGAGUCAAGAUAUAUUGAACGCGAGUUAUCCGUGGGACAACGAACUUCAGGGGUGGUCCCAGUGCAUGAGCCGUGACAUUAUCGGCUUCGCGAAUGGCACGAUCAUUGGAAAAGCAAUUGGCAACGAAACCAAAGGUGGAGGCUUCAGCGCCUGCAAGCAGUAUGUGUACAACAGAAGCGUGUACAAAAGUACAACCACGUCCGAGUGGGACUUGGUCUGCGACAAGGCGUGGCUGAGAGCGACGGGGGAUUCGUUGUUCAUGGUAGGAGUCAUGCUUGGCUCGAUGAUAUUCGGUGGUUUGUCUGAUAAAUACGGUCGUAGACCAAUUUUCUUCCUGUCUUUAGUCAUACAGCUGGUCGGCGGUAUACUAGUCGCUGUUGCGCCCGAGUUUAUUUCCUACGUAAUCUUCAGGUUAAUUGUCGGCUCAACCACCAGUGGGGUGUUCUUAGUAGCUUAUGUUAUAGCUUUGGAGAUGGUCGGGCCGAAAAAGCGGUUAGUAGCUGGUGUCGGUUGCCAAUUGUUUUUCACUACCGGAUAUAUACUCACCGCUGGCUUCGCGUAUUUUAUUACCGACUGGAGAAUGCUACAAGUAGCCAUCACAGUGCCGAGCAUCGCGUUUCUGCUUUAUUGGUGGUUUAUUCCCGAGUCCGCGCGAUGGCUUUUAACGAAAGGCCGCCUCCAAGAAGCGAAGGAUUUGCUACAACGUGCUUCUUUGGAAAACGGUGUAGAAAUGCCAAGCGAGGCUUUGGACACACUUCUUAAUAAUAACAGCGAGGAUAGUAUGCCUGACACGAGAAAGCCUUCGCUCUUCGAUCUGUUCCGUUAUCCGAACUUGAGGCGAAAGAGCAUUCUUCUGUUUUUCAACUGGCUUGUCAACAGCGGUACGUACUACGGAUUGUCUUGGCACGCGUCCAAUCUUGGCGGUAACGACUAUGUUAAUUUUGUAAUAUCCGGGGUGGUGGAAGUACCGGCGUAUACGUUCCUGAUUUUUACUCUGAAUCGAUGGGGCAGAAAGAUCAUUCUUUGCGGCUGUAUGAUGUUGUCCGGAUUAGCAUUACUUGCUACGUUAUUCGUCCCUCCAAAUAUGCCGUGGUUAAUCGUUUGUUUAGCAAUGAUAGGAAAACUUGCUAUUACCUCCUCAUAUGGUGCAAUUUAUGUAUUUACUGCCGAACAAUUUCCGACUGUUAUUCGAAAUGUCGGAUUAGGUGCGAGUUCCACCUUUGCUCGAAUUGGUGGAGUUAUCGCGCCGUAUGUCAAUCACCUGUCGGAAAUAUGGAUACCACUACCACUUGUUAUAUUCGGCUCCUGCGCCUUAUUAAGCGGAUUAAUGUCCCUUCUUCUUCCGGAGACAUUAAACAAAAAACUUCCUGAAUCGAUUCAAGACGGCGAACUCUUUGGAAAAAAAUCGUCAAAGAAAAAGAAGAAAAAGCAACAGUUGAUGCUCGAACAACUGAACGAGGUAGAAAUUAUAAAACCAUUGAAGGCCCAAGAGAAGCAGAACGGCGUGCAUGAGAAACAGAACGGAUGACAUUAAUUUACGAAGAUCAAUGUGUCGGUAUUACACUCAAAAUAUGUAUCUGAUUCUCGUCUGGCCAUACUUUAGAUGCCACGUGCACAGGUAACUUGGCGUAAUGAAUUUUCUCAUCGAUUUUCGGUUUGAACUUCUAAUAUCUACAAUUGAUUAACAUCUAUUCGUCUCUGGUCGAGCAAUCGUAUCUCAAUUGAGUCAUUUUGGACAAUUAUUUAGAUAGAAACAAAAAUUAAUCAACUGUCAAAAGAAAAGUAAGUAUAUUUCGUGUUCUAAUACUUUGCCAUUGAAAGUAGAAACCAUGGUGGCAUUUAUUUAAGUGUCAUCAUAACAUGUUGCGAUAGCCCAUAGACUAUAAGAAUUCUGCCGACAAACAUAUCACUACUCAACAUCUAAAUAUCCUUUAAUAUAAAGAAUGAUUGCGAAUUAUGUAUGAAACAUUGCAAUUUAUCAAUAUAAAAUUUUUUUGCUAGUAUUUUUACUCUCUGCUUAUCUCUUUUUCUCCAUUGACAGCUAGCUAAAUAUCGUUUGUCUAAGUGAUUAUCUAAUAAAACGUUUUAUUAUAUUAUUAUAACUUGGAGACUUCAAUUGUAAAAAUGACAAGUGUUUUCUUUAAA